GAGCGAAGGGGGCCUGUGAGUGUGUGUUUCUGUGUGUGUGUGCUGAACUGAGCGGAGGUGAAGAAGAGGAGGAUGAAGCUGGGAGCGGAGGAUGGGAGGAAGAGUGGAGUAAGAGACAGGCUAGCUGUGUGUGAAUGAGUGAGUGAGUGAGGAAGAGGAGAGGAAGGUCGUCGGAGGGACCAAAAACAAAGACUUGGAUAUUUUGGGGAUAACCUCCGGAACAUUACAACGGAAACUUUCAACUUUUUACCCGCCACAUCUCGGCUUGUUGUGUCCGGAGCCGGCUUUGUUUCACGGCGGGGGAGUCUACGAUAAAUGAAGGAAUAAAAUAGAUCCCCAUCGACCUUUUUCUACCGGAGCGGGGAAUACCCUGGGACUGCUUUUGAUAAAGGUUACGAUAGAAUGGCGGCCAACAUGUACCGAGUGGGAGAUUACGUGUACUUCGAGAACUCCUCCAGCAACCCUUACCUGAUCCGUAGAAUAGAAGAACUCAACAAGACAGCCAAUGGGAACGUGGAAGCGAAGGUGGUGUGUCUGUUCAGAAGGCGAGACAUCUCAGGCAACCUCAACACUCUGGCUGACAGCAAUGCACGAGAGUUUGAGGAGGAGUCGAAGCAGCCGACGCCGUCUGAACAACAGAAGCACCAGCUCAAACACAGAGAACUCUUCCUGUCCCGACAGUUUGAAUCUCUACCUGCUACUCACAUACGGGGGAAAUGUAACGUCACCCUGCUGAAUGAAACAGACGUGUUGGCAGGGUACCUGGACAAAGAGGACUGUUUCUUCUACUCGUUGGUGUUCGACCCAAACCAGAAGACCCUCCUGGCCGACCAGGGCGAGAUCCGAGUGGGCUCCAAGUACCAGGCAGAGAUCCCCGACAAGCUAGCAGAAGGUGAAUCAGACACCCGCAUCCAGGAGAAGCUGGAGACCAAGGUGUGGGACCCCAACAACCAGCUCAAAGACCCUCAGAUCGACCAGUUCCUGGUGGUGGCGAGGUAACGCUCCCCGUCCAUCUGUCACUCAGCUGCAUCUUCAUCA